CGACAGUCGAGUCAAUUGACAGGAUUCUUCGAAGAUAGAGUAAAUCUGUAAACUAACUGCUCGCCAAGUUCUUCGAAGGACGGGAAGGUUGGGAACACACGUGCCGGGGAAUCUCGGUGCCUGAUCCUCAAAGUCCAUGGGCAUUCCACCGACGGACGUAUCGACAAUUCACCGACCCUUGUCUUCCCUUCUGUAGCUAUAUCACAACCGGCAUGACCAGACUGCGGACAGUGCUCUCCCUCUGCCACUGCCCACCCAGAAUCAUCAGGGCUGCACAGUUCUCCCCCAACAUUCCCAUACGCUCCUUCGCAUCCAGUCCCACCGCCCUCGCAGGCCACAACAAAUGGUCCAAAAUCCGACAUAAGAAAGGCGCCGCCGACGCCCAAAAGUCCGUGACCUUUUCCAAACUCGCGAAAGAAAUAACCUCUGCUGCCAAAGCCGGCGGCACAAACCCCGCCGAUAACCUCCGACUCGCAGGACUCAUUGCGAACGCCAAGAAGCUGUUCAUGCCCAAAGACAAAAUUCAAGCCGCAAUUAAAAGGGGAAGUGGAAUCAAGGAGGGGGGUGCGGCGUUGGAGGAGGCGACGUUUGAGGCACUCGGGCCGGGUGGGGUCGCGUUGAUCAUUGAGGGGUUGACAGAUAAUAAAACGAGGGCAAAUAAGAGUGUGCAGUACAUUUUGAAGGGGUGUGGGGCACGGAGUACACCUACUGCGUUUUUCUUUGACCGGAAGGGUCGUGUGACACUUUCCAGUGGUCCAAAUGGGACACGGUUAAGCACGGACGGUGUAUUUGACGAUGCGCUUGAAGCGGGAGCGGAGGAUGUGGGGCCUGUUGAGGAGGAUGGAACUGUUGAGGUUAUCUGUGAGCCGGAUAAUACGGGUUCGAUUGGGAAAGCGUUCAAGGAGAAGGGGUAUGAUGUUACAGGAGUUGAGUUGGCGUGGAUCAAAAAGGAGGACACACAGGUCACAAUUCAGGAGGGGAGUGAAGAGGAGCAACUGUUCGAAGAGUUGCUUGAAAAACUGGAGGGGGAUGCCGAUGUCGUAAGAGUAUGGCACAACGCCGCAUGAGUCCCCAACACAGUUGCGAUAUGUUGGGAUAGUCACUGCAACGACAGCUGGCCUGCUGCAGUGAGCCAUUUGGAAAAUAGAGCACGCAUACAUCUCCGUCC